AUGUUCAGGAGCAACAGUCCCUUUGACAACGACACCAGCAGCUACGCUGGAUCCAUCCAAUCCAAUGGUUUCUCCAACACGGAUGAUGUGUCAUCGCAGGCGUCAAAUGUGUCGAAGCUCAGUGCCAUGUCAGUUUACUUGCAAAGGAAGGAGUAUGCAGAGUCAGUAAACAAGAUGAUGGACAAAUUACGGUACAGAGUGGAGCACUUGUUCACCUGUGACCUGGAUGGGAAGGAGCUGAGAGGCGUGGGGGACUGUGUGGAGCGGCUGAAGCUUCUGGACGGUAUGGGCCGAGUUUGGGGUCAGAACAUGAGGCUGGAGGUGCGAGGAGCCAACCUGCUGCUCAGAGACAGCGAAACCAAGGAGGAGCUGGAGUCCAUGUCCUUAUGUGACAUCCUGGAGCUGAAGGCGGUGCUGGACGCCGGCGUGUUUAACUCCCUGCUCACAGUGUCUUUCCGGCCCGAGGGGAAACACACCACCACUGUCUUCAUGUUUCAGUGUGAGGAUGUCAGGGCUGACUAUGUCCAAAGGGAUCUCUCAGCAGCAUUGUCACGCAGGAAACAUGAUUUAGGCAUCAGCAAUGCAGGACCAAUAGCAAGACAUCAGGGAAUGGAAAACCUUAGUGACAGCGAAGAUUUCUCUGAACCAAAAGAGCAGAAGCCCCCCCGAUGGACGGCUCCUGACUAUGAGGAGGAUGACGUACCUGAGCCUCAACCAGUUGUGUAUCAGGAGGAAGAGGAGGAGGAGGAGGAAGAAGAGGAGGACCCACCUCCCAGAGAGAGGGCACCGUCACCGUAUCCCUCCACCACCAAAGAAGAACCUCUGUCGAGCCAACGUCCAUACACAGACCUGGACAGGAAUGUAGACAUCUUGAAUCAUAUUUUAGAUGACAUAGCAAUCUUCAUGGGAAAAGUAUCUGCAGUAGUAGCGAAAAAUGCAAAGAAAAAGAAGAAAAAGAAAAAAGGAAAAGCCCUAGACGGUAUGCCACCUGCAGCAGAGUUUGAAGAGUGUUUCCAUAAGAUCAAAUGUGGUUUCAACCUGGUGGGGGAGCUCAAUGGAAGGAUUAACAAUCCCAGCGCUCCUGAAUUUGUUCACUCCUUAUUUUCCAUAUUAACAUUCCUGGUAUCUCACUGCCCUGAAGAUCUGAUGAAGACCAUCGUGGCGCCGCUGCUGACGCCUCAGUGUAUCCGUCUGCUGAGUGAGGAGGCGUCCACAGAGGAGGACCAGCUGUGGCAGUCUCUGGGAGACGCCUGGAACAUCCCCAGCACCCAAUGGCCAGAAGACGACGAGGACAUCCCAACAUACACUCUGGAGUUCUCUGACGGCUGGCAGGCCCCUGAGGUGACUGCAGCACCUGAACCCAGUGAACCAAUGAGAAGAGAGGAGCAUCAACAACCUGCACCCUACCAGGCUCCAGCCAAGAGUAUAACACCAGCUCAUCGCCCCAGAAAAUCAUCACGCUUUGUUCAGUCGCCACCGCGUGACAUGUAUGUUACGUAUGACUUCAUCUCAAGAAACCAAAGAGAGCUCACCGUGAGAAAAGGAGAAGUAGUUCAGCUGCUGGACAUGUCGAAGCAGUGGUGGAAAGUGAGGGACAGCGCAGGGCAGGAGGGCUAUGUUCCCAAUAAUGUCCUGGAGGUUUAUGAUGAACAACAGAUGGAGCAGGCGCCUGGGGGUGCUCCUGUCCUCACAAAGAAAUCCAAGCCUGCAGAAGUGAAAGCUUGGCUGGAAGACAAAGGCUUUAGUAAAAUCACUGUGCGCUGUCUGGGCGGGCUGAGCGGCCCCAUGCUGCUGGGCAUGAGCCGAGAGGAACUGAAGACCGUUUGUCCCGAGGAAGGAGGACGAGUCUUCUUCCAGUUACAAGCAGUCAAAUCCGCCAUGAGUGUUGCCACGUAA